AUUUUAUUUUUUUAAAAAAGUUUAUUUUGCUCCAUUUUUGAAAAAGGAGCGUGGGUGGCAGGCUUUUUAAAAAAAUAUAUAAAUUACCUUUAUUUUUCCGGUUAUUUGUCCCUGUCCUUCCCCACCCCCUGCUGAAGCAAAAAUAAGGGCCAGGACAGCGGCGCCAACCUAUCCGUAACCCCCUUACGUUCCUCCCUCGCCCUAAUACCCAGCACAGUGCCCUGCACACAGUAGGCGCUCAAUAAAUGUUCGUGGAUGAUGAUGAUGAUGAUGAUGAAAAACAUGCAGCACCAACGACAGCAGCAAGCGGACCACGCGGACGAGGCAAGCUAUGCAAGAGGCACCAGACUCCCUCUUUGUGGUGAAGGACCAACUUCUCAGCCGAAUAGCUCCAAGCAAACUGUCCUGUCUUGGCAAGCUGCGAUUGAUGCUGCUAGACAGGCCAAGGCUGCCCAAAGUAUGAGCACCUCUGCACCCCAACCUGUAGGAUCUCUCUCCCAAAGAAAACGUCAGCAAUAUGCCAAGAGCAAAAAACAGGGUAACUCGUCCAACAGCCGACCUGCCCGAGCCCUCUUUUGUUUGUCACUCAAUAACCCCAUCCGACGAGCCUGCAUUAGUAUAGUGGAAUGGAAACCAUUUGACAUAUUUAUAUUAUUGGCUAUUUUUGCCAAUUGUGUGGCCUUAGCUAUUUACAUCCCAUUCCCUGAAGACGAUUCUAACUCAACAAAUCAUAACUUGGAAAAAGUAGAAUAUGCCUUCCUGAUUAUUUUUACAGUCGAGACAUUUUUGAAGAUUAUAGCAUAUGGAUUAUUGCUGCAUCCUAAUGCUUAUGUUAGGAACGGAUGGAAUUUACUGGAUUUUGUUAUAGUAAUAGUAGGAUUGUUUAGUGUAAUUUUGGAACAAUUAACCAAAGAAACAGAAGGCGGGAACCACUCUAGUGGCAAGUCAGGAGGCUUUGAUGUCAAAGCCCUCCGUGCCUUCCGAGUGUUACGACCUCUUCGACUAGUAUCAGGAGUGCCCAGUUUACAAGUUGUUCUGAACUCCAUUAUAAAAGCCAUGGUCCCCCUCCUUCACAUAGCCCUUUUGGUAUUGUUUGUAAUCAUAAUCUAUGCUAUUAUAGGAUUGGAACUUUUUAUUGGAAAAAUGCACAAAACAUGUUUUUUUGCUGACUCAGAUAUCGUAGCUGAAGAGGACCCAGCUCCAUGUGCGUUCUCAGGGAACGGACGCCAGUGUACCACUAAUGGCACAGAAUGUCGGAGUGGCUGGGUUGGCCCAAAUGGAGGCAUCACAAACUUUGAUAACUUUGCCUUUGCCAUGCUUACUGUGUUCCAGUGCAUCACCAUGGAAGGUUGGACAGACGUACUCUACUGGGUAAAUGAUGCGAUAGGAUGGGAAUGGCCAUGGGUGUAUUUUGUCAGUCUGAUCAUCCUUGGCUCAUUUUUCGUCCUUAACCUGGUUCUUGGUGUCCUUAGUGGAGAAUUCUCAAAGGAAAGAGAGAAGGCUAAAGCACGUGGAGAUUUCCAGAAGCUCCGGGAGAAGCAGCAGCUGGAAGAGGAUCUUAAGGGCUACUUGGAUUGGAUCACCCAAGCAGAAGACAUUGAUCCUGAGAAUGAGGAGGAGGGUGGAGAGGAAGGCAAAAGGAAUACUGGCAUGCCCACCAGCGAGACAGAGUCUGUGAACACUGAGGAUGUAAGUGGCGAAGGCGAGGCCCGGGGCUGCUGUGAAGGUCUCUGGUGCUGGUGGAAAAGAAGAGGCGCAGCCAAGACGGGCCCCUCUGGGUGUCGGCGGUGGGGUCAAGCCAUCUCAAAAUCCAAACUCAGCCGACGCUGGCGUCGCUGGAACCGAUUCAAUCGCAGAAGGUGCAGGGCUGCUGUAAAGUCUGUCACAUUCUACUGGCUGGUUAUUGUCCUGGUGUUUCUCAACACUUUAACCAUUUCCUCUGAGCACUACAAUCAGCCAGACUGGUUGACACAGAUUCAAGAUAUUGCAAACAAAGUCCUCUUGGCUCUGUUUACCUGCGAGAUGCUGGUCAAAAUGUACAGUUUGGGUCUCCAGGCAUACUUUGUGUCUCUCUUCAACCGGUUUGAUUGUUUUGUGGUGUGUGGUGGGAUCACCGAAACCAUUCUGGUGGAGCUGGAAGUCAUGUCUCCUCUGGGGAUCUCUGUGUUCCGAUGUGUGCGUCUCCUGAGGAUCUUCAAAGUCACCAGGCACUGGACUUCCCUGAGCAACUUGGUGGCAUCCCUGUUAAAUUCCAUGAAGUCCAUUGCAUCCCUGUUGCUUCUGUUGUUCCUCUUCAUAAUCAUCUUCUCCUUACUGGGCAUGCAGCUGUUUGGGGGAAAGUUCAAUUUUGAUGAGACACAAACCAAGCGAAGCACCUUUGACAACUUUCCCCAGGCACUCCUGACCGUGUUCCAGAUCCUGACUGGUGAAGACUGGAAUGCUGUGAUGUACGAUGGCAUCAUGGCGUACGGAGGCCCGUCCUCGUCAGGAGUGGUCGUCUGCAUCUACUUCAUCAUCCUCUUCAUCUGUGGCAACUAUAUUCUGCUGAAUGUCUUCUUGGCCAUCGCUGUAGACAAUUUGGCUGAUGCUGAAAGUCUGAACACUGCCCAGAAGGAAGAAGCUGAAGAAAAGGAAAGGAAAAAGAUUGCCAGAAAAGAAAGCCUAGAAAAUAAAAAGAACCAACCUGAAGCUAACCAGAUAGCCAACAGUGACAAUAAGGUUGCAAUUGAUGACUAUCGAGAGGAGGAUGAAGACAAGGACCCUUACCCACCCUGUGAUGUGCCAGUAGGUGAAGAGGAAGAAGAGGAGGAUGAGGAUGAGCCCGAGGUUCCUGCUGGUCCCCGUCCUCGCAGAAUAUCGGAGUUGAACAUGAAAGAGAAAAUUGCACCCAUCCCUGAAGGGAGUGCUUUCUUCAUUCUUAGCAAGACCAACCCGAUCCGCGUGGGCUGCCACAAGCUCAUCAACCACCAUGCCUUCACUAGCCUCAUCCUCGUCUUCAUCAUGCUGAGCAGCGCUGCCCUAGCUGCCGAGGAUCCCAUCCGCAGCCACUCCUUCCGGAACAUUAUACUGGGUUACUUUGACUACGCUUUCACAGCAAUCUUCACUGUUGAAAUCCUGUUGAAGAUGACAACUUUUGGAGCUUUCUUGCACAAAGGGGCUUUUUGCAGGAAUUACUUCAAUUUGUUGGACAUGCUCGUUGUUGGGGUAUCAUUGGUGUCGUUUGGGAUUCAAUCUAGCGCCAUCUCCGUUGUGAAGAUUCUGAGGGUCUUAAGGGUCCUGAGGCCCCUCAGAGCCAUCAACAGAGCAAAAGGACUUAAGCACGUUGUCCAGUGUGUUUUCGUGGCCAUCCGGACAAUUGGUAACAUCAUGAUCGUCACCACACUGCUCCAGUUUAUGUUUGCCUGCAUCGGGGUCCAGUUGUUCAAGGGGAAGUUCUAUCGCUGCACAGAUGAAGCCAAAAGUAAUCCUGAAGAAUGCAGAGGGCUUUUUAUUCUUUACAAGGAUGGGGAUGUUGACAGCCCUGUGGUCCGUGAGAGGAUCUGGCAGAAUAGUGACUUCAACUUUGACAACGUCCUUUCGGCUAUGAUGGCGCUCUUCACCGUCUCCACCUUCGAGGGCUGGCCCGCGUUGCUAUAUAAAGCCAUCGACUCAAAUGCAGAGAACGUCGGUCCAGUCUACAACUACCGUGUGGAGAUCUCCAUCUUCUUCAUCAUCUAUAUCAUCAUUGUUGCUUUCUUCAUGAUGAACAUUUUUGUGGGCUUUGUCAUUGUCACAUUUCAGGAGCAGGGAGAAAAGGAAUAUAAGAACUGUGAGCUAGACAAAAACCAGCGUCAGUGUGUUGAAUACGCCUUGAAAGCACGUCCCUUGCGAAGAUACAUCCCCAAAAAUCCCUACCAGUACAAGUUCUGGUACGUGGUGAACUCUUCGCCUUUCGAAUACAUGAUGUUUGUCCUCAUCAUGCUCAACACACUCUGCUUGGCCAUGCAGCACUAUGAGCAGUCCAAGGUGUUCAACGAUGCCAUGGACAUACUGAACAUGGUCUUCACAGGGGUGUUCACUGUUGAGAUGGUUUUGAAAGUCAUUGCAUUUAAGCCCAAGGGGUAUUUUAGUGACGCCUGGAACACGUUUGACUCCCUCAUCGUAAUCGGCAGCAUUAUAGACGUGGCCCUCAGCGAAGCAGACCCAACUGAAAGUGAAAAUGUCCCUCUCCCAACUGCUACACCUGGGAACUCUGAAGAGAGCAAUAGAAUCUCCAUCACCUUUUUCCGUCUUUUCCGAGUGAUGCGAUUGGUGAAGCUUCUCAGCAGGGGGGAAGGCAUCCGGACAUUGCUGUGGACUUUUAUCAAGUCCUUUCAGGCUCUCCCUUACGUCGCCCUCCUUAUCGCCAUGCUUUUCUUCAUCUACGCAGUCAUUGGCAUGCAGAUGUUUGGGAAGGUUGCCAUGAGAGAUAACAACCAGAUCAACAGGAACAACAACUUCCAGACGUUUCCCCAGGCGGUGCUGCUGCUCUUCAGGUGUGCUACAGGUGAGGCUUGGCAAGAGAUCAUGCUGGCCUGCCUCCCAGGGAAGCUGUGUGACCCUGAGUCAGAUUAUAACCCGGGAGAGGAAUACACUUGUGGAAGCAACUUCGCCAUUGUCUAUUUCAUCAGCUUUUACAUGCUCUGUGCAUUUCUGAUCAUCAAUCUCUUUGUGGCUGUCAUCAUGGACAAUUUUGACUACCUGACCAGGGACUGGUCUAUUCUGGGACCUCACCACUUAGAUGAAUUCAAAAGAAUAUGGUCUGAAUAUGACCCUGAGGCAAAGGGAAGGAUAAAGCACCUCGAUGUGGUCACACUGCUCAGACGAAUCCAACCCCCUCUGGGGUUUGGGAAGUUAUGUCCACACAGAGUAGCGUGUAAGAGGUUAGUUGCCAUGAACAUGCCUCUCAACAGUGAUGGGACGGUCAUGUUCAAUGCAACCCUGUUUGCUUUGGUCCGAACAGCUCUCAAGAUCAAGACUGAAGGAAAUCUGGAACAAGCAAAUGAAGAACUUCGAGCUGUGAUCAAGAAAAUCUGGAAGAAGACCAGCAUGAAACUACUUGACCAAGUUGUCCCUCCAGCUGGUGAUGAUGAGGUAACCGUGGGGAAGUUCUAUGCCACUUUCCUGAUACAGGACUACUUUAGGAAAUUCAAGAAACGAAAAGAACAAGGACUGGUGGGGAAGUACCCUGCGAAGAACACCACAGUCGCCCUACAGGCGGGACUAAGAACACUGCAUGACAUUGGGCCAGAAAUCCGGCGUGCUAUAUCCUGUGAUUUGCAAGAUGAUGAGCCUGAGGAAUCAAAACAAGAAGAAGAUAUGUUCAAAAGAAAUGGUGCCCUGCUUGGAAACCAUGUCAAUCAUGUUACUAGUGAUAGGAGAGAUUCCCUUCAGCUGACCAAUACCACCCACCGUCCCCUGCAUGUCCAAAGGCCUUCAAUUCCACCUGCAAGUGAUACUGAGAAACCGCUGUUUCCUCCAGCAGGAAAUUCGGUGUGUCAUAACCAUCAUAACCAUAAUUCCAUAGGAAAGCAAGUUCCCACCUCAACAAAUGCCAAUCUCAAUAAUGCCAAUAUGUCCAAAGCUGCCCAUGGGAAGCAGCCCAGCAUUGGGAACCUUGAGCAUGUGUCUGAAAAUGGGCAUCAUUCCUCCCACAAGCAUGACCGGGAGCCUCAAAGAAGGUCCAGUAUUAAAAGAACCCGCUAUUAUGAGACUUACAUUAGGUCUGAAUCUGGAGAUGAGCAGCUCCCAACUAUUUGCCGGGAAGACCCCGAGAUCCAUGGCUACUUCAGGGCCCCCCGCUGCUUGGGGGAUCAGGAAUAUUUCAGUAGUGAGGAGUGCUGUGAGGAUGACAGCUCUCCCACCUGGAGCAGGCAAAAUUACAGCUACUACAACAGGUACCCAGGCAGUUCCAUGGACUUUGAGAGGCCUCGAGGCUACCAUCACCCUCAAGGCUUCUUGGAGGAUGAUGACUCACCCAUCAGCUAUGAUUCACGGAGAUCUCCAAGGAGACGCCUUCUACCUCCCACCCCAACAUCCCACCGAAGGUCCUCCUUCAACUUCGAGUGCCUGCGCCGCCAGAGCAGCCAGGAGGACGUCCCACCGUCACCCACUCUCCCCCACCGUGCAGCUCUGCCUCUGCAUCUGAUGCAGCAGCAGAUCAUGGCUGUUGCUGGCCUUGAUUCCAGCAAAGCUCAGAAGUACUCACCAAGCCACUCUACCCGGUCCUGGGCCACCCCUCCAGCAACCCCUCCAUACCGGGACUGGACUCCAUGCUAUACCCCCCUGAUCCAGGUGGAGCGCUCGGAGUCCCAGGACCAGGUCAAUGGCAGCCUGCCAUCCCUGCACCGCAGCUCCUGGUACACAGAUGAGCCCGACAUCUCCUAUAGGACUUUCACACCAGCCAGCCUGACUGUCCCCAGCAGCUUCCGGAACAAAAACAGUGACAAGCAGAGGAGUGCCGACAGCUUGGUGGAGGCAGUGCUGAUAUCAGAAGGCUUAGGACGCUAUGCAAGGGACCCAAAAUUUGUGUCAGCGACAAAACAUGAAAUCGCUGAUGCCUGUGACCUAACCAUCGAUGAGAUGGAGAGCGCAGCCAGUACUCUGCUUAAUGGGAGCAUGUGCCCUCGAGCCAAUGGGGACAUGGGACCCAUCGCACACCGGCAGGACUAUGAGCUCCAGGACUUUGGUCCCGGCUACAGCGAUGAGGAGCCAGACCCCGGGCGAGAGGAGGAGCUGGCAGACGAGAUGAUCUGCAUCACUACCCUGUAGGCUAGGGUCAGGCUGCAUCCCCACCACCUUGUAGCCCAGCCAGGGUUAGCUGGCCCUGGCCUUGGAGAGGCGCAGGAGGCCCAGGGAAAAAGUGCCUCAUAGUUAGGAAAGUUUAGGCACUAGUUGGAAGUACUCAAUUCAACUUUUGUACAAGUGACACCCAAGAAAGCCAUAAACCUGGUAGGAACAGGUUCCGAGUGACCAGGCAUGGGGUGUGCCACACGCUCAGGUCCUGCCUGCCACAGGAGCAGCAGGUCUGGCCCCUCGAGAAGAUGGGUGACGACAGCCUGGCAUGCUCAGUGACCAAAUGGGCUGCCCGGACUUCAAGUCUCAUACCCAGGGGCACACGCCUGUGCCCACUUGCCUGAAGGCAUGGCAGAAAGGUUAAAGGUGAUGAAGAUCACACCUGUGUCGUUACCUCAGCCAUCAGUCUAGCGUAUCGGACACACACUUGGCCCAGCAUAUCCAUUUCUAAGCCCCUCCGACACACUGCUUCCUGGUUCCCGUGUAGCUGUUCUGAAAUGUUGUGCAUCAGAACCCUUGCCACCAGUGAUCAUUACAAGGGGAGUGGGACCGGACAGACAGUUUUUUGUUAUGUAAUGCCAGUUUACACAAGAGAACAUGACUCUGAUGGUCAUUUCUGACUAUCACACUAAGGGCAACUGUAAACUGGAAUAGAAAUGCACUUGCAACCAGGUAAACUUAGAUACGCUAGUUUGUUUAAAAAUUAUAGAUUUACUGUAUAUGACUUGUAAUAUACUUCAAUUUGUAUUUGUAAAGAGAUGGUCUAUAUUUUGUAAUUAUUGUACCGUAUUUGAAUUGCAGCAAUAUCCAUGGGUCUUAACAAACUGUAGUUUCCCCCAAAUCUAGGAAAUUAUUAGUUAUUUUUACUUGGGCUAAACAGAAUUAGAAGAAAUAGAGCCAAUUCUCACUUAUUCAGUGAAAAUCUCUUGGGGGUAAACUAUUGAGCUCAAAAGAACUUGAUACUUCAGAAAUUUUUCUAAAAUAUUUUGAGUCAUUAUAAACUUUACAUAAGAGAUCAAGAUGACUGUUUGCAGUCUUUUCUUUGGGCAAAGAGUUCUACGAUCUUGAUAUUGUAUGUUUUAUCCACAUAGGUAGUGACUGUCUUUGGUUCUGUUUUAUUUUAAUAACCCUCUGAACAGUCACCUGGCCUUGUGGCAUCCUCUCGUCUGGCUUCUUCAUCUGCCUACACUGGCCAUUUCUGCAUCUGUGCUGCAGAAAUCACCACACAGGUGAAUGAAGCUCGCAUUCCACAGGAAAGCUUAAGAAAUGAAGGGGGGCCAGAGAGAGUACUGUGGUGACCUGUGAAGCUGGAAUGUUGGGGUUUAUACACGCAUCCUGCUGCCUUUUAUAGAGCUGCUGUGUGCUGUGUUCUUGAGGGAUGUUAAACACAAUUGACUGAAUGAGGGCUGAACUCUUCAUGAGAAUGCACGCACUCUGACUGAAGGCCCUGGGACCAGCCCAGUUUGGAUCAUUAGAACUAUCAAAGCUUCCUUUUUCUUUUAAGAGGAUCAUGUAAUGUCACAUUACUUGGGGUUCUUUGCAAUCACAAAAGGCAGGUAGAAAUUUUGGUUCAAAAUUUUUAACUAGUUCACAGACAACCUGUCAAUAUAUAUAUAUAUAUAUUUUUUUUGUAAAUAACACUUUGUUAUAAAGACCUCACAAACCUCUUCAUAAGACAUUCUUACUUCUGACGUAGGCAGAAACUCUUCAAGGUUUGUAAAUGACUAUUUCUUGACAUAAAGACUUUUUUAUUAAAAUGCAAAAUGUCCUUCAGAAUAAAUUGUGUAAUAACUUCAUUGUAUUUGGAAGCUCUUCUCACACAGAGCUGGCUCUGCAGGGGAGAGCUUCAGAGGGGCAGGCACUCUCUAGCAGCUUAUGGACCCGGCAGCUCUUUCAUCAUCAGGCUUUUCAAGGCCAAUCAAUGGUAACUUAACACCAGCUGCAGAGUGUGCUGCUUCUCUAAAGGGCUAACCACGUCAACAUUACCUUGGAUUCUGGUGUCUUGCUGGGUGUUGGUCUAUGUGGCUCAACAUCAGCAGGCCACACCCUCCAUCCCAGGACUGUGUGUUCUGGAAAGAGUGUUGGUCUUUCCCAAGGUCAGUACAUCAACACUGCAGGUUUUAUAGGCUGCACCAUUUCCCAGCAUCUAUCUGUCUGCUUUAAGCCUGGACCAACCUCUUGUCUAAUAUUAAAUUUCUCUUUGUAAGA